AUGGCACGUGCAGGAGUCCAGGGCAACCUUGCAGCAAUAGCAAUGUGGGUCCUUCUCGGCGCAUGCCUUCUGCUACUCGGAUUCGCGGGCGUCUUCUUUUCCACUCAAGUCCAUGACGGACCCGUUCGGCGAUGUGGCUCGCUGAUGACCACAUUCAUGGUCCUAGUCAUGUUGGGCGUCGUCGCCCAGAAGUAUGUGGACCGUUGCCUAGACAGCCGAGAUGAAGGGCUGCCGCAGCGGUCAUCCAGAGCUAGGAUGCAACCACCAAAGGAGAGACACCUUGUCUGGUCGUCCUGUGUAUUCCAGGACUUGGCUGAAGCUGUGUCCGCAUUCUGCAAGGUCUACAUCGGGCCGGAUAGAACGUGCGUUGAAGGAGACGCCUCCUCUGUGUUGCCUGCUCGCAAGGUAGCGCAGGACGCGACCUGCGUAUGCUGCUUGGAGGACUUCGCGCCGUCCAGUGAGGUUGCUGUCCUGCCGUGCGGACAUGUCUACCACAGGGAGUGCAUAGUGAUCUGGUCCUUUUCCAAUUCAACAUCUGCAGGUGCAUGCCCCAUUUGCCGCUCGAGCUUUGAGCAGCAAGCUGUUUGA